AUGAAGACUGUAUUUAGGAUGCAAUCAAGUUUCCUUAGUACUCUGGCUUUCUGAGAAAGAAUAAAAAAUCUGUUCCCUUUCCAAAAACUCAAAUCAACAAAACAUAUAUAUAACUGGAAAAUUGAACAGCAUGAGUGCAGUUCCUGAUCUGAUUCAGCAUUCUGGUUGCCUAGAUACAGAUGUAAACAAAAGUGCCUCCCCGACUGCAGAGAAACAGCCAGAUCAAGCUGAUGGCUCCCUUCCUGGCUCAGCCAGUGAUCAAGAAAAGAAAGUAAAAUUAUCUCCAACCAAAAUGUCAACCAAGAACACUUCAGAUCUUAUUCAAUAUGUUGACAAGGGUCUCCCGUUUCUACCUGUCAUUCCGACCACCCAGAAAGUCCAGCUUGAAGACAGACUCAACAGCCAGGAGCGCACCAUAGCGUUCCUCAUUGAACAAGCCUUCCGAAUCAAGGAGGACAUCUCUGCUUGUCUCCAGGGGACCCACGGCUUUCGAAAAGAGGAAUCGCUUGCCAGGAAGUUACUGGAAAGCCACAUCCAGACCAUCACCAGCAUCGUCAAAAAACUCAGCCAGAACAUUGAGAUUUUAGAAGACCAAAUAAGAAUUCGAGACCAGACAACCACAGGAACUAAUUUCGCAGUACAGGAGCUAAACACUAAACACCUACAAGGAGUUGGAGACCUUCGAGGAAGGGUAGCCAGAUGUGAUUCAAGUAUUAUGAAACUUUCUGGAGACAUGCAUCUCCUCAGACACGAGUACCGGCAAAUUGAAAAAGCCAUUCAAGAGCUCGUGUCUGCCCUAGAAACUGUUUCCAAGAACUUGGAGAUGAAGGUCACGCAGCUCCUAGGGAAGAUAGAGACUUCCACUUCCGAGCAGACCUCAAAUUUAAAGAUGGUCCAGGGGGAUUAUCGCCAUGAAAUGAACCUUUUGGAAUUCAAAUUUAAUUCGCUUUCAAGUAAUCUGUAUGAAGAAAUUGAGAACAAUCAAAAAUGGACAGAAAACGAGUUCAUCAAAUACAGAAAAGACCACCUGGGCCACAUAAAUGAGUGCCUGAAGGUCCUACAGGAGAAGCUGGAGAAGUCUGAAAAUAAAAUGCAAGAAAAUUUGUUGCAGCUCUCAAGCAAAUUAGAGAAUUUCAUGAACAGACACAAACAUGAAGCAGAACUAAACAAAGUCAAGUAUUUAGAAAAUAAAUUGUCCAGAAAGAUGAACCAAAUGGAAAAGCAGAUCUGGGAUGAAUUGGAGAAAAUACAGAAUGAGUAUCAGUCAGGUAAUGAGCCCAGACAGAUGUCAGACUGGAGACCUGACCUUUCAAAGUGAGGAAGAGAGAUGAAUGAGCAGAGUCCAGUAUAAUGACUGCUUUUCUUCUCAAGAGGCUAAUGGCAGUGGUGUCAAGCUGCGCUAACAUCAAAGAGGAUUAAUUUGAAAGGCUCGGCUAAUUUGUCAACGGGAAGACCAUGGGAUAGGUGCUGUGGAGCAACCAUCUGCCUCCAGUCACCACUCGGAGGGAAUUACCAGCCAUCAGAAGAUUCCUUCAUUAGAGAAAGUGCCAACUGUUUUCUGUCUUCAAGAUCACUGCAAAACUAUGUAAAUUCCACCAACAAUUGGUCUGGCAUACAGACAUCUUGGAGGUACCUUGGGAAGACUUCAAGGUCUCACUCUGUCAGCUAUUCCUGGCACAUCAGUAGACUGUGCUGCCUGGAAUCCUAACCCUCACAACUCCCAUCUCCUACCACCACAUCAAAAUAAUGAAUUAUCUGGUCAGAGAUUAUGCUGCAAAUGUAACCGUGCUUUUUGUUAAGGGUCCUGCUUUCUGCUUCGCCAUUAGAGGUUUAAUUUUAC